AAUUUGAUGGCGCGCGAUUCGAUGAGGUUCUUGGCGGGUGUGGGGGGGGGAGUUUGAAGGGAUCGUUUCCUCGUGGGCGGGUGCGUCCUGAGGGCUUCCGGGUUAGGGCCGAUAGGAUGGAUUCCGAUUGGUCGGCUCCGCUGCCGCUCUCCGCCCCUUAGGCCGGGUUGCGGGCAUGGAGCUGCGGGCGGAGCUGACCGGGCGCGACGGACAGAAGCGGCCGCUUUGCGUGCGCUGCCAGCCUGAGGCCGGCGCCGGCGGGGAGCUCCGGGGGCUGCUGCGCGGCCUUUCCCAGCUACAGGAGCAGGUCACGGCGCUGCUCGCGCCCCUAGUGGAGCAGGAGAGCGGACGGCUCCCGGGGGCGGACACCGGAGCGGGGCCGCAGGGUGAUGUUGGGGAGGAAGAGGAGGAGGAGGAAGAUGAAGAAAAUAGCACUGAUGUCAAAACACUUGUGGAUGGACCGCCUUUAAAACGGACAAAAAUUCAGUGUUCUUAACUGUUGCCUUAAAAACUAUUUAAAUUUGUAAAGAAGACUUCACUUGUCAAUGUACAUAUUGCAUAGUUAUAUCUCUAGAAAAAACAACUAUUUUUGGAAACUAGACAACUACAUUUGUUUCUUUUGGUUAUGUUUUAGAAGGGAAAUGCCUUUUUACUUUUCUGAUACUUAACAAUACGAAUAAAAUACUUGGACAAAAAAGA